GCAGGUACGAUUUGUUGCUCGAUGGCUGGAAAGCGCCGACUGCGAAUGAUUGCCCAGCUUCUUUUGAGGUGGGGACGCAACGUAGUGUCGGAGCGUUGGUAGUCGAAGUUCCGAUUGAGAUACUUCCCCCCCGCCCCCCGUUUUUCGCGUAUUAUCUUCGACUGUGCUUGAGCGGAGUAGCUGCAUUGUACGGCUGUUUCCAUGGCCGACGAGUUUUCGCAAGCAACGUUGAAAAUGGUCGUUGGCCAGAUUUGCCAAACCAUCGGAUGGCAUUCGAUAAAUGUUACUCCGUUGAAUAUUUUGGUGGAUAUCCUUGGUCAGUAUAUGACGGAAUUCGGGAAACUCAUUCACGCAUACUCAGAACAUGGAAACCGGACGAUGGUCAUGCUUCCCGAUAUUGCGAAAGCGUUGGAUACCAUGGGAGUCUCUCUUUCAGACUUGGAAGACUACGUGAAUAACGUAGAGUCGACGUCGCUUCCUCCAAAAAUUCCCAAAUACCCGGCGUCGAAGGAAUCAAAUUUGAAUUUCCUCAAGCCCGGCAGUCGUGAGGUCGUUCUUCGACCGAUUUACAUCCACGAUCACUUGCCACCAAUGUAUCCUGAAGCUCAUGAAGAUACCAGUUCCUUAUGCCAGUCGCAGACUCAGAUUGAUACCGUUGAUUCAAGCACUUACGCGCUUGGUGAUUUACAACCGGAAUGUACAGCCAUGGUGAAUGGAAUCUCAAAAAUCGAAAACACUUUGUCAAUGGAAGCAGCUGCAACGAUCGCAAGACGUAUGAGAUUUGAAGAGCAACUGGUCCGCCAAAUGCGGGAAAUCUCCAGUGUCAUGAUGACCACUGGAGGUUUCAUAUCCCCCGCCCGUGAGGGAAAACAUCCCGAGUCGCGGAUGGCCUUUUGGUUGGACAAAGGUCCUUUCCUCGAAGAAGUCAGUGACGAAGAAAUCCGUGAUACGAAGGCAGGAAUCCUUCCUGAAAAUCGUGAGAACGUUAAACCCCGUCCUGCUCCGAUGAAGGACUUCAGUCGUGGCGAAAGCAAAGCCGGAAGACGACCCUUCGAUUUCGACGACGACGCCCAAGUUCGCCCGCCACCUACUCCUGCUGCUCUUCGCGAGCAGAAAUCAUUCCAAGGCAGACCCGGCAGAAUCCCUUCCCGAAGAAAUGUUCGAGGUGGAAGAUCGCUCAUACGUGCGAUGCCAGCGUCCAACAAUCUCAUCCGAACACCGCCGACAGUCGCCCUGAUGUCCAAGCGCACGAAGUCCCCGAAGAUGCCCAUGCUUGUGCCCAAGAACAGUCCCGGAGACAGUGUUCCUAAAAACGUGAUAAAACGACAAGCGGGUCGUCCGCCGAAGACAAAAAGCCUGGCGAAUGGGCGCGGAAGUUCUCCGCAAAUGCCGCCUCUGAUCCCGAAAGCCGCCUUGAGAGUGGAUGCUGAGCUUUCUGGUCGCGAAAUCGGCAUUACCGUGAAACAAGAGGCGAAUGUGGAUCGUCCCUUGCCAACAAAUAACGCUUUACCAGCAGUGAUAAAGGAAAGCGUGGUGAAAGAAGUUCCAGCCUUGCCUUCAGUCGUGCCUGUGAAGAUCGAAGAGCCGGUCAAACGCAGAAGACCUUCGUCCGAUGAGUCCAGCUUGGACAGCGAAGCACCUUCGAAGAAGCGGAAAGUGAUUCCGAAAAGUCGCAUCCCGUCGGGCGAACCUGUCAUAGAACAGGGAUUGGGAUUGAAAAAGCGGAAAAAGAUGCGUCCGAGUGUAGCAACGAAGAGUAAAACGCCAGCCAUGGUGGCGUCCUCUCCGUCAUCUUCCGAAGCCGAAGAAAAACAACAGCAAGCACCACCACCGCAGGAGCUGCCGCGACCCAAAUCACCACCACCACCUCCGCCGGUGGCGACGAAACCUCUCCGACGAAGUCCUACGCCUCCGCCGCUACCACCACCUGCUCCACAGGUGGACGAAAAGCCAGUCGCGUCGCCACCGUUGCUCGAAACGGGUCCGAAUUUGUAUUCGUCAGUGUUCUCGUCUCUGCCUGCUCAUCCAAGUUUCAUACCGAACUUUUUACCGAAAGCCGCCGGACCGCCGCCUUUUGGCGGUCCGCCGACGUUUGUUGCUCACCCAUCGCUCAUGCCCUUCAAACCAACUUUGUUGCCUGGACUGAAUAAUAGUGUACCUCGGAUUGUGCCAAGUGCGGGCUCUCCUCCAGGAGACGUUGAUGGCAGGGACUCCCCAAUCCCGCGCCCCGCGUCUUCUGGCUCUCAUUCGUCAUUGUCGCGGCCCGAAACGCCUGCUUCUGCUCCCCAAGUUUCGGUCUCCAAAAGUCAAGAGGCCAAAGCUGAAGAACAAAAAGAAAAGCGACUGAGGAAAGAGAAGAAAAAGGAGAAGAAGGAAGAGAAGAAACGCCGGAAAGAAGAAGAGAAUAGGAAGAAAAAAGAUAAGAAGAAGACGAAAUUGGAAAUGGAUUCCGUGCGAAGCUUUGCUGAGAGUGUGGAAGCUGCAAGAUCAGUGCCAAAAUUGACGUUGAAAAUUUCUGGAGGGAAAGACCUCAGUCCGUCCAGGAGUCCGUCGCCGUUCCAGUCCUCUCCCCCGGUACCACCAGCAGCAGCAACUACCAACGUCACAGCAGCAACUCCUGUGGUGUCUCCUCCAGCACCUUUAUCAAAAGCCUCGUCUGAGGUGAAACCCAAGAUAACCAUCAAGCCGAUCAAGAAACCGGAUCUCGCGUCGAAAUCGACGGCGGACCAGCCGACGCCAAAAGACGCCCCCAUCACUGCCACUCCGGACCCCGAAAGCAAGAAGAGCAAGAAUAAGUUGAUCGAGAAGAAGCCGAAGCUGAAGAAGGCCAAACUGAAUCCGAGCAGCGGCUCGGUGGCGUCUGUGCCGGUGGUGGAGGCGCCGUCAGAACCACCUGCAGUGACGGCGGCGACGGUAGAUUCGGCGGCGUCGUCGGCAGCACCAGGGAAGCCGAGAGGCAGAGGAAGACCUAGCAAGUUGAGCAUGCAGAUGAUGGCAUCGAGCUCUGCGUCGUCGUCUGCGGCGGCGGCGGCGGUGGUUCCGGUCCCUGCUGUUGCGGCGGCGCCGGCACCUCCGGCCGCCUCGGCUGCGCAGCCUUUGAAGAAGCUUGAUAAGGGCUUGAAGAAAAAGGAAGACGCGGGGUUGAUUACGGAAACUGUGGGAUCUUACGUGGUGAGCACGGACGCGGAAGGAAACAAGAUCUGGAUUUGUCCGUUUUGUGGACGCGUGGAUGAUGGCACUCCGAUGAUCGGUUGCGAUUCCUGUGACGAUUGGUACCAUUGGGUUUGUGUUGGUAUUGUUGAAGAGCCUGUGGAUGAGAAAUGGUUCUGUCCGCGGUGUUUGGCCAAAGACAAGGGAAAACCGGGGAAGCUAAAAGGAAGAAAGAAGACCGCUUGAUAAUCAAUGUCCGGUAGGAUCAAGCUUUGGAAAAGAACCAUUUCGCAACUUCGUCUUGCCAAGGGCUCCGCUUGUCAUUUGCUGCUGGUCGGGGUUGAGUUCUGUCAUUGUUAUUUUUUGUUUUGUUUUGCACCAGCCUCCCCUUCCUGAUGUAGUUUCGAUUAAACUGUGAUGAAUUUGUAAUGACUGACUGAAGCAACAGAUGAUUUUCCACUAAACAAGAGAUUCGUGUCUUAUUUUUGCUGCGAGCAGCGUAUUGCGUGUUGAACUUCGCUAAAGCUUUUGGAUUCUUAGUAAAAGUUUCUCACUGGACUUUUUAUUGCACUCUCCGUCCUCGUUUCCAUUUAGAUCCAUGGGAAACAGUUUUCCCGACUGUCGUUGAAAAGUGAAGCGCUUUCGGACAGUUUUUCAACCGAAAACACGUGUCAGUAUCAGCUUCUUGUUUUUUUUUAUUCAUUUUAUUUGUUACCUCCGCCUCUUCUAAAAGGUUUCAGAAGUGCUGAAGAAAUUCCGACGAGGAAGUACAAAGUUUGAACAUAUAUAGAGGGCGCUUUUUACCCUUCGACUUGUACUUGUAACCUUGUAGCUAGUCCCUGAGGAGCUCUUUGCAGAGAUCCAGGGGGGAUCAUGAGUCACUAGUCAGAAGCGGAAUCGAUGUCCUGAUUGGAAGAAGGAAUAUUUGUUUCUUCAGAAAUUCCCACUGACCCUCACGAAGUUGCAUUUAGAGAAUUUGGAGUGUGCUGCGUUGAAUUUCCUUGUAGUUGGAGCGACAUCGCGAUGGAAGGUCAUGAGUUAUUUCUCCUUUUUUUUUGCUUGAAAAACUGCUUCGCGCGUUUCUUUUUGAAGAAAUUGUGAUGAGAUGAAGAUUUAUCGAUUCUUUUAACAACAUUUCUAAGUUUAACAAUGUUGCAAUACAGCGUUUCAAUUUUGGGAAAUUUCUAAAAAAAUCCAAAUAAAGGGAUUGUAACUUGUUAAUUUAUAUGUAUUUUAUUCGGUUUUUUUUAGAUAAUUUGUGUGCCUCGACGCUGUUUUCUAGAGUAUUGGUGGAUUUUCCCACGGAUUCUUCUUAUAUGAAACUACCCGCGGUUUUUUGCAGAUUCGCAUAAAAUUCCUGCCAUUGCGUUUGUGUUUAUAUGUCUGGAAUUCGCUGGAACUCUCCCGUCUAAUAUAGUUCGACAAUGUUCAUUGCAGCACCCUUCAUCUUAUACUGCAUAGUACAUGGCUACGGGUUGCUUACCAUGGAUUAAGUUGAUAGUGAUGCAGGGUAUUUCCAAAGGUGUUGAUCCCGCGAAGUGAGAAUAAAAAUAAAAGAACGUUGGAUGGUGA